UGAAAAGUCGGGGCAGUUGACCGUCCCUACGAAAAAUGAUAGAACAGAGGUGUGAUUGUUCAUUUUCCGCUUCGACAGCACUGGAGUCGUGGCUUGUUUUUGCGAGUUGACGGCGAUAAUAAAGUGAAUUUGAGGCGUCUGAGAAACGGAAUGUUGUUUCCAUCAGAGACGCCGAGUAAUUCGGGACAUUUCCAAUGUCAGGCGAUGCUGAGCGGCUAGUGGGCUCAUAGACGUUACUGCUUGUUGAUGUGAGGCGUUUCUUUUCUUUUCACUUUUUCUCAUCGUCGUGUUUUUUGUUCGUUCUGAGCCUCUUUGGAGAUAUUUUCCAUAAAGCAGCUGUGAAGCAGGACAGCCACGUCAGCUGUCUAUACACUGAUAAACUCCGACAACAUCACAAGUUCUCCUGCGUUUUUGUUUUUUAGCUGAUAAUCCUCAGAGUGGUUUCUAAUGACAAUGGCUCCGAUGGGUAUCCGGCUGUCUCCGCUCGGAGUGGCGGUGUUCUGCCUGCUGGGAGUCGGCGUCAUCUACCACCUGUACGCCGGGGUCCUCUCAAACCAUCUGUCUUACUUCAGACAGAAGAAAAAGGUGGACCUAAGAGACCUGCUGGCUGUCUCUGUGGAGGCCGCACAACUUGGUGGGAAAGAGGUUAAAAGAGUACGCGAAGAAGAUACUCUCAACGAGAAGUCAAAGGGAGAAACAAAAGAGGGGGCCAAAGAGCUUCUGACCAUGGGGGACCUGCAGUCACACCGAAAGAUGUUUAAUCUGAUAAAAAACACGUUUCCUCAAAUCACAGUGUUCAGUGAAGAAAAAGACAGCAAAACAGAUUCAGUUACCUGGAGUGGCAACAUACCUGAAGACAUAUUAAAGCUGGAGAAAGGCAGAGAGAUUUCUCCUGACAGCAUCACUGUGUGGAUUGAUCCUUUGGAUGCUACUCAAGAAUACACAGAGAACUUGGUGAAAUAUGUGACCACUAUGGUGUGUGUAGCUCUAGAGGGUAAACCAGUCAUUGGAGUCAUACACCAACCCUUUACAGGUUUUACUGCCUGGGCAAUGGUAGGUCAGGGAACAAACAUGGAGCACAGAAUGUCCUACAAUCUCAACUCUCCAAAAGUGAUUGUAUCCCGGUCGCAUUCUGGAGAAGUGAAAAAUUUCCUUCACACUGCUUUUGGAAAUGCCACAGUAAUUCCAGCAGGGGGAGCAGGAUACAAGGUGCUGUCGCUGCUGAAGAUGCAUUCAGGCCAACCAGAGCCUAUAGAUGAAGCAGAUGUUUAUAUCCACAUCACCUACAUUAAGAAAUGGGAUAUCUGUGCUGGUGCAGCACUACUGAAUGCACUUGGAGGCCACAUGACCACUCUGAAGGGGGAGGAGAUUGACUACAGGGAAGAGCCAUUAAACAAGGGAGGACUGGUGGCCAGUGUUAAUGUGGCACAUAAGGACAUACUGGAGAAACUUCCAGACUGGGACCCUUCAAAGCACUGAAAGAGAAACAGAUCCAUUGGAGGCUCGAGCUUAACGUUAACCAACAUGGCCCCAAUGAGCAGGACUGUGACCAGUUGCUCCCAGUACACACUCCUCUUCUGCUACUUCAUCACUUAUUUUGGAGAAAUGGUACAUUUGUGUGCAAAACAGUCACUCACAGUAAAACGUGAAGAACAAUGGACCUUCCUCUGUCUCCCCCUUUCACCUUCAGAGGGGAACAGGGGGACUGUAAUGUGAAACUAUGGAGGACACAGCGAAAAUUGCAGGAGAGUGAAGCCCAGCUUUAUUUCCCUCCAUCUUAAAUCUUUUUUUCAUAUUUCAGAAGCACACAACACGUGUCUAGAUACCCGGAGAAUAUCAGAAAUUAACCAACCCUCUGGUGAUUUUUGGUGAGGUGCAAUUAAUAAAAUUCUAUCUGGAGAUGAAUUAAGUGGUUAUUACAUGAAAAUAUAUUUUUAUUCAAAGUCUUUUCAGAUCCUAUGAGCUUAAUUAUUUUAGAACAAGGCAACUGUUUGUAGGGAACUCAAACCCCGGCCAAGACAGGGUCUGUAAUUGAUUAAUUAAGCUUAAAGAAUGCUGAUAAGGCAAAAAAAUAACUUUAACAUUCUGUUAAAGUAGCAAUGGGUUCACAGAUUCACCAACCAGACUAUGAGCAACUUUUUACAUUCAUCGUUUGUAAAUUAAUUCGACAGCACAAGUCAAGUAACCCUUUUCUCGGCCUCACCACCUUCAGUCCAGUUUGAAAUUCGUCUUUCUUUUUUUCUAAUUAAAAGCUCUCUUGACUUUAGGCUGGUUAAAUAAAUUCCUCAUGUCUGCCUCCUUUGUACCUGGAAUAUGAGAUGAGGAUGUUAUUUAGGCUUUGGCAUCAUUUAGACUUUAGUUAUCAUCUAACUAUGCUUUCAUUGGUUGAAUUUAUUAUCUUGGUGAAUCUCUGUUUCUGGUAACAACGGGUCGUCUUUCUGUACUGUGUCUGUUAGAAUCCAAAUUGGGUUGUGUUUUUGUUUUUUUAAAGCUGUACAAUCAGUCAAGUUUGACUUUUAUGUUCAGUAGUAAAAAUACCAGCAGAGAUCUCUUACGGAUACGAAGAUAUUUCUCUAGAUGAUCGGUUUAGUUUGUUUUGAUACAGUUUUUAACAUGAUGUAGAUAAAAGUAUAUUAAGGUCAGAAGUUAAAUAUUGAAACAGCUCACAUGUUGACUUGAUCGUUCCGGAAGAGCCCGCUCACUGUGGUGAGGAAUGAUCUGUUUAUAACACUAAAACAUUGUAAAGCCAGAGCAGGUACAGUUGGACCCUUGUGUGCUAAAUUUCAAUUUUCUGAUUUGAGUGCCUUUGCAUGGAUAAAACCGCGUUGUCUCUGUAAGUUACAAUAGUUAUGCAGAAAGGAUAAGGUUCAUCAUGCAACAGCCAUGCAUGCUGUGAAAAUGACAUGGGCACUGUUUAGGGUGUUGCUUUUGGAUGCACCCCUGUAGGACUCCUGCAUGUGUAUGUUAAAAAAAAACUUUUACACAUCACAUUUGUGAAGUGCUUGAAAGUACUACUUGAAAAAAAAAAUUGUAUUUUUAAAAUUCAUUGUUGAAAGCUACAAUUAUAAAUGUAAGAAAAUAAAAAUAGUUCUGUAUGUAGAUGUUGGACCUGACCUCUGUAGACUGCUGCUCAUCUUUGCUUCAGGCUCCACAUGUUGAACUGAAAAUUGUAGCUGCUGGGUUGUAAUGUUGCUAACCUGCAGUGCUGCAGAGUGCAAUAAUUAAAGCGGUGAAACCAGCUUUGAACAGCACGGCGUGAGGAUAUGGGGACUCAUCCAAAUGGAUUCCUCCAAGGAGCACCAUGGGUGGCUCUCUGUCUUCUAAGUAGUCCUGCCAUCCAGACUCUGGAAGUUGUUUUACUCACGUCUUGAAGCAUUUGGAGGAACCUUAAACGUUGUGUUCAAUGCUUCUGUAAUCUGGGAGGAUUUAGCAGCAAUGCUCUUUUCCUAAACCCUUCGUAUUCCGCUUUCUUCACAUGGCUGCUGGCUUUAUAGCAUUCUCAUAUCUUUGUGUCUACCUCUCUGCCAUGUUUCACUUGUUCUCUUUAAAUUCAUGCAAUUUACAGUUUGAAAUUAGUAAAAAAAGCAAGAAGAGCGAUGAGGGAAACUUGAGUGUUUCUGAUCAGUAAAUGAGUUUACCUUACAGUAGUGUCUUCUGUUUACACCCAUAACAUGGUAAUUAAUGACAGUGAUAGAAAAGAUGGGAGAGCUGCUUAAUCUGUUUUUGUCUCUAAGAAGCGCAUAAAACAAUGUAGACCUUUAGAGUGUUCCUGAACAAAUGGGAAAUUACAAUCGGUUUUCUG